AUGACAAAGACUGUGAUCAGGGUUCGAUUUCCUGAUAAUCACACAUUAGAGGCCACUUUUCAUCCAUCAGAAACAGUUCAGAGCUUGGUUGAUCUCCUCACGAAAGUAGUUGCUCGACCAGAAUUACCAUUCUACAUAUAUACUACAACUCCUAAGAAGCAGAUAAAAGACACGUCACAGGAUUUUUACUCUGCUGACUUUGUUCCUGGUGCAAUUGUGUAUUUUUCAUAUAAUAUGCCAAAAGCAGAUGAUGCUUCAGAUGCCAAGUCAGGUCCCUUCCUUCAGGAAGAGAUCGUGUCUUUGAAAGGUUUGGAACUCCUCACUAAACAUGCAGAGCCUGUUGAGUCUGCACCAGAAACAAUACCAGAGGCAUCACCUCCUGUUGUUCAAGAGAAGAAGCCUGCGGAGAAAAAACCUUUGGUGCUCUUUCUUUAUGCACCAAGCUCUCAUAGCUUUGCCUACAUGAAGAAAACUAUUGAACGAGCAUUUGGCCGCAAGCUCCCGGAGAGUUUUGAUGAUUUUGAAGAGAAACCAGUAGCAUCUGGAAGUAUUGCUCAAGUGCGUGGAGCUGGUCAACAGGCUUGCUUUCCAGUGAGCAAGGUGUCUACAUUGCAGAGUCAGCCGCUGCUAAGAACAUCAAAACAAGCGAAGGGCUGUUUUUGGAUGUAUGAGGAUGCCACGGUACCAAUCAGUUUGGGGCUUCAUAAUUUGAAGCAAGGGGAUGAUCGGAUUCAAUCUGCGCUUGCUCACAUUGUGACGCACGCACUUUUGAAGAUGCUCCUGGACCUGCAAGUGGAGGAGGCAUUCGAUUUCUGGGGUACUCCAGAAGGUGAUCUGGUCCAUCCUGCUGAGUGUAUGCAGCAGUUACCAGAGACAGUUAGGCGUCAUAGAGUCAAUGUCGAUGGCAAUGUCUGUACUGUCAUGGUAACCACUUUGGUUCUUGAGGGAUGGCAGCGGAAACUUGAUCCCAGGAUCGAUGGAGAUUUAAAUUUUCCUGAUAACUAUGCUCCAUUUACAUUUCAUGAAGGCUUGCUUUCCAGUAAGCAAGGUGCCUACAUUACAGAGUCUAUCGCUGCUAAGAACAUGAAACAAGCGAAGAGCCGUUUUCGGAUGUAUGAGGAUGCCACAGAUCAUGGUGGUUCUAAUCAUUCUGCAAAAGUAGAGCCAGCCAAUGGUUGUACAGGUGAAAGGGAAACUGGGAAGUCUGCAAAGAAACUUGAUAAAGGAAGGACUGCAAAAGAGGAGGCAUCCAAACGUGAGAAGGUCCGAGAAAUACAGAAAAAUCUAUUAUUAGUAUCACACCUAGCUACUACCUUGCCGCCUAGGGACCACCUAGCCGCCUAG